AUGUCACAAACCUUCCGAGGCCACUGCCACUGCAAAGCCGUUGAAUGGCAAGUCGAGCUCCCUUCCGACUCCCAAUCCCACAUCCUCUGCCAUUGCGAGGCCUGCAAGCUCCAGUCCGGCGGUGAAUUUACCCUCAACCAGCUCGCUCCCAAGGAUGCCUUCAAGCUCACCAAGGGCGACUUGAAGGUGUACACCUACAAGGGCGACUCGGGCAACCCAGUCGACUGCUACUUCUGCGCCAACUGCACAAGUUCGCCAUAUCAUCAUCAGCACGCACUUGGCGACAAGAUCGUCGUACGAACAAUGCUCCUCCACGGAUCCAAGGACUGGGGAACACCAGCUUUGGAGAUCUUUGGCAAGGAUAAGCUGAACUGGCAGCCACAGACUGCGAAGGAUAUCCUCCCUGCUGGACCAUAA